UACAGCUGCAGCAGCUGACGACGAUGACGGAAUCAUAACUUGCGCGGUCGCAGGUGUGUUGGUUAAUUUUGGCAGUCAGACCGACCGACCGUCCACCAGACCGGCGGUUAUCAACACGAAAAUUCUACGUUCUAUCAGCAGAAUAGCAGGAGAAAGAUUGUCAGCCUGCCAGCCGAUUGAUGAUGCUGUUCCCUUUAAAUUGAGUCGACGGAUAGCAGAGCAUUGUUUUGACGACAGAACGAACGUGUCGUACGCCUCACGGGGAAAUUUAAAAAAAAAGUAGCUUGUGACCCGAGAACUUACAUAAUCUACCAAGAUGACGGACCUCCUGGACGACCGGGGCAUCCUGUACAUCAUAGCGGAUCUGCUCUCCAUCGUAACGAUCGCUUCCUGCCUCAUCUCGAAGGUUCCCCAGAUCCGGACGGUGCAGACACUCAAGUCCGCGACCGGCCUCUCCAUCAAUGGACUGCUCAUGGAGCUCUGCAGCUACACGGUGACCAUGCUGUACAACUUCACCAACGGGUACGCGUUCCUUUCCUACAUGGAGUACCCGAUCCUACUCAUUCAGGAGUACGUACUGGUGUACGUCGUACUAAAGUACGAGAAUCUUCUCGGCAAGCGGGCCUUCAUCUGGGCUGGCGUCUACGCCGGGGUGUUUUUCGGCUUCGCCAGCGGUAUCAUCCCCAGCAGCUUACUGAUGAUGCUUGUGCCUCUCACCACUCCGGUCGGAGCCACCAGCAAGGUCAUGCAGCUCGUGGCCAUCCUCAAGUCCAAGAACUCCCAAUCGGUUAGCCUCAUCACGUGGGGCAUAUCGGCGUUCACCAACUCCACCCGCAUCUACACGAUCCUGCUGGAUUCGGCCGACCGCAUGCUGCUGGCCAACUUUGGCAUCUCGACCGUACUCAGCACGUCCGUCUUCCUGGCCGCCUGGUACUACAAGAAACCAAAGCAGGAAUAAUAGGCUGGUUCGCCCGGGAGGUCACUACUAGGUCCGUACUAACUCUAGUCCACGCUCGAACAAAGACACUUUUGCUGCUGCCGCCGCUGCCGGAAAUGAAGCACAACAGCAAGAAAAACAAACAACAACAUGCUAUGCCACUUAAUACACCGCGAUUGCACACGGAGUUCUCCACACUACUAUUCACUACUCAAACUUAUAUUUUAACGUAAAGAACUUUGCGCAAGACAAGUUUAAAAUUGUUGCACCAGCGAACACAAUGCUAAUAAAGCCGUUUUAACUCAAUUUCUAGUCCAAUUAA